AUGCCCACAAUUAAAUAUGGGCCUCGAGUUCUGCUGAGGUCAGGGUUGGUAGCGAGCCCAAAAACUUUGAGCUACACACCUAGGACCUUCGCAACUCAACUUCCGGAUAACAAUAAGAAUAAGCCACUUGUGGACUUGACAACAGUGGCUAAGGAAGUCCCCAAACCGAGUCUUUGGAGUAGAGUUAAACAUGAGGUACAUCAUUACUGGGACGGCACUAAGUUACUGGGCUUGGAGAUCAAAAUUGCCUCGAGACUGUUGAUGAAAAGUGCCGCAGGCCACCAGCUGAGUCGACGUGAAACACUGCAGUUGAAAAGAACGACCCAAGAUGUGGUCCGUCUGGUCCCUUUUUCGGCAUUCGUACUGGUACCCUUCGCCGAACUGCUUCUGCCCGUCGCUUUGAAGCUAUUCCCCAACAUGUUGCCUUCGACUUACGAGUCAAAGAAGGACAAACUUUCAAAGUUGAGCAGUCUGCGUGAGACUAGAGCUCUAGUAUCUGGCAUAAUCAAGAAGCAAAACACUCAUUUCAAGCCUGGGAACAUCACAAACGAGCAAAAAGCUGUCUUCAAUCGAUUUUACACGCAUGUUCGUGCUACGGGAGAGCCCGAAUCCCGUCAGCAAUUGAUCCAUGUUGCCCGUUUGUUCACCGAUGACACAGUUCUAGACAACGUUACUAGGCCCUACUUGGUUGCCUUGGCCAAGUAUAUCAACUUGCAGCCCUUCGGCACAGAUGUCAUGUUGCGGUAUCGUAUUCGGUACAAAAUGCUGGAACUUAAGAAGGAUGAUAUCUCUCUGUUCUACGAAGAUGUUAACACUUUGGACUCUGCGGAGUUGCGUACUGCUUGCGCUUCGCGUGGUAUACGUAACCUAAACGUGGAGGACUCUGUACUGCGAAACAAUCUCGGUAUUUGGUUGAACAUGAGGCUGAAAGACAAAAUACCUUCGACCUUACUGAUUAUGGCAACAGCAUACACAUACGGGGAUGUCAACUCCAAAAAAUCGCUGUAUGAUGCAUUAUGUGACGUUCUCAGCGGAAUUCCUGAUGAGCUAUACCACGAAGUCAAGGUUAACGUAGUUGAAGAGGCAGCUGCCACCAAUAGUGCCAGAAUGGCUCAAAUCAAAGAACAAGAGGAAAUCAUGAGGGAAGAAGAGUCGCAAGAGAAAGGUUCUCUUGUAAGAAUCAAAGAUGAGUUGAGCCUGGACGAAAUAGAUCAGCAAGAACAGUUACGGGGAAAAUCCAACAAACAGCAAUAA